AUGUUUUCUGUCAGGUCUGCAAGGGAUUUGGUGCGCAGCAAGUAUCUUUUGCUUCUUGAAGCAAAUCUGUUGUGGAGGAGGGUGGUGCACCCGGCUUUAGCAGCUCAGAAUUGGAAAUUUGUUAGGGGAGCUUGUGCAACUCUGGACAAAGUUAAGAGUAGAUUCAAGAUUGCUCUUCCAUGUCGGUGCAGUGUGUGUCAGAUUGAGGAGGAGUCUUUGGAGCAUAUUCUCUGGAGCUGUAGUGCUGCUAAACGUGCUUGGCAGUGGUUGGAAGGUAUUUUUCAUCUUAGAUCUUGUUAUAACUUGAUUGCUUCUAAUAAACAAGCAAAAGGUUGUAGUAGAAUGGUUAAAGAUCUGUGGCUUGUCUCCAAUCUGGUGGUGCGUUCAGAACUGUGGUUUCAAAGGAAUAAGAUGGUUUAUGAGAAGAAGAAACCUUGCUGGAAUUUCUUCAGGAAGCGUGUGUUUAAUUUCAUUCAUGAAUACUCAGAUAGAAUGAAGGGGUGUAUGCUUAACAGGGUUGAAGAUAUGGAGAUAUUGGAUUUUUUCAGAGUUAAAUGCCGUAAGGUGAAGAUGUUGGAACCUGUUGAGUGUCUUUGGCAGCCUCCAAUGCAAAAUCAACUCUUGUUGUGCUGUGAUGGAGCUUCUAGAGGUAACCCAGGGGUGGCCGGAGCUGGAUUGGUGGCUAGGAAUUCAGCUUGUGAAGUGGUGGGAGCAAUGUGUGUUGGCCUUGGUGUUAUUUCUAAUUUUUUGGUGGAAUUAUAUAACAUUCUAAUUGGCUUAGAUUGGGCAGUUCAAUGGGGUUACAGAGAUGUGCUUGUAAGGACUGAUUCUAUGAGUGUUAUAACUGCUUUGGAAGGGGAUAAUAUACCAUGGUUUGCAAGACAGAGAUGGUAUGAAGCUAAAGUCAAGUUUGAUUCUAUUUAA